AUGGUCAAGCCGAAGCACACACAAAAGAAGCCACAGAUCCCAGCGGCCAAGAGGCCGAAGAUCACCCACAAGCCUGCUGCCUCGGCGCGCACCGUCGUCGACCCCACCAAGCUCGCAUGGUCCACCGUCCACCUCCCCUCCGAAGCGCAGUCCGGCGGCGCAGGUCAGACCGAGUCCGACUUCUUCAGCUCGCUCAACUGGGAUGACGAUGACUUUAUGGGGCUUCAGGAGAUCGAAGACGUCGACAUCGUCCAGGAGGCUCGUCCAGAUGGCUCGCGCACCAUCAGCUUCCUCGCCUCGGACAAGAAGCUCAAGUCCAAAAACAACAAACCGGCUCCUGCCUCCAGCUCGUCCGCUCCAGCAAACCAGCCCGAGACCACCCAGAAGAAGGCCAAGAAGCCGAAAAAGUCGAAAAAGAGAUCCAUCGACCAGGUCGCGUCCGAGUCGGAGCCAGAGCCGGCGCCGGAGCCAGCAUCACCCGGUCACGCCGACGAAUCGGCGGCAGUCCUCGAGGACGCCGAGUCCGACGCAUACGAGACCGCUGCAGACCACACCAUCGCCGACCAAGACGCCGAAUCGGACCUGGACGAUGACGAUCUCGCAGAAGCUUUCCGCAACGCCCACAAUCUCGACCUGCACGACGAUGAAGACGACGACGAGUUCGACGACUCAUCACUGCCCGCCUGGUCCCACCUGCCUCUGCACGCUGCGCUCAAGCGGGCCCUGGCUCACAAGGGCUUCCACAGCCCCACCGAGAUCCAGAACCGCUCCAUCCCGCUCGCACUCGGUCUGCAGCAAGACGACUCCUCCGACAGCGACGGGCCAUCCACGUCCUCCUCGGCGUUCAAGAAGCGCGAUGUCGUCGGUGUCUCGCAGACCGGCAGCGGUAAGACGCUUGCCUACGGCCUGCCCAUCCUCAACUAUCUCUUCCACAAUGCCGAAAACGUCGCCUCGGCCCCUGCCCACGGCGACGUACCGCCACCUCUGGGCGCACUGAUUCUGUGCCCCACGCGCGAGCUUGCGCUUCAGGUGUCUGCGCACCUCACCGACGUGAUCCGCUCCAGCUGUCUUGUGGACGACACGCUUUCGUACGCCAAGUUGGUGCGCCGGCCGCAGAUCGCGGUGGUGUGUGGAGGCAUGUCCGAGCACAAGCAGCGGCGACUCUUGCAGGGUCGCUCGCGCCGUGCGGGUGUCGACAUCAUCGUCGCCACGCCCGGUCGAUUGUGGGAGAUGACGCGGCUGGACGACGAGCUGGCGGCGCGCAUCAAGCAGGUGCGAUUCCUGGUGCUCGACGAGGCCGACCGCAUGGUGCAGGUGGGCCACUUUGCCGAGAUGGAGCACAUCCUCAACCUCGUCCACCGUGCCGAGGCGCAGCGACCCAAGGAGGGCCAGGAUGGCCAGCAGAGCGACUCGGACGGCGAGAGUGGCGCAGUAGUGGUGGGCGAGGGCGUGAGGCCCAAUGCGGCCAUGCAGACGUUUGUCUUUUCGGCCACGCUCAGCAAAGCGCUGCAGACCAACCUCAAACGGCGCCGAAAGUUGCCGCAGUUUACCAAGAAGCGUCACUCGAAGCGAUCUGCUGGAAGCACGCUCGAGGAGCUGUUGGAGCGCAUCGACUUCCGCUCUUCACCCGCCAUCGUCGACCUCACCCCCGCACAGGGCCUUCCCUCGGGCCUGAUGGAGACAAAGCUCGAGUGCGUUUCCAAGGACAAGGACGCGUACCUGUACUACUUUUUGCUUCGGUAUCCGGGGCGAUCUCUGGUGUUUGUCAACUCGAUCGACGGCAUUCGACGACUUUCGCCCAUCCUGGCGCAGUUGGGGCUGGUGUGUUAUCCGAUCCACAGCCAGCUGCAGCAGAAGCAGCGUCUGAAGAAUCUCGACCGCUUCCGAUCUGCUGCGUCCAACUGCAUUUUGCUGGCUACGGACGUGGCUGCACGAGGCUUGGACAUUCCAUCGGUGGACCACGUGGUGCACUACCAAUUGCCGCGUUCGGCGGAUACGUACAUCCAUCGUAGUGGUCGAACUGCGCGUGCAGGCACAUCGGGUGUAUCACUGGCGCUGAUCGAGCCGCGCGAAAAGACGUUGUGGAGCCAACUCUCGCGCGCCCUUUCUCGCCCCGAUCCGCCUUCGUUUCCCAUUACCUUUUCCACGCUGGCUUUGCUUCGGGAGCGGGUGGAGUUGGCGAUUGCGAUCGACAAGCAGAUGCACGCCGCAACAAAGCAGGCACACGACGAUUCGUGGCUCGCCCAGCUUGCGCGCGAUGCCGACCUGGCCGUUUCCGACGACGACCUCGACCCGGACGCUCCCACUGCCAAGGUCAACAGCAAGUCGGCGGCAAAGUUGGCCGAAAUGCGCGCGAGGUUGGCACGGCUGUUGGCCAAGCCCGUGACGAUGGUCGGGGUGUCGCAUCGGUAUCUGACCGCGACGGGGCUGCAGGGCAGUGCGUGGGUCGACGAGAUGUUGCAGCACAAGGCGCACAAGCACAUUGUCGGCGAGAAGAAUACCGACGCCCAGACGGAGCUCGAGGCGAGAAAGCCGGAGAAGCAGCAGGCCAAGAAGGCCAAGGGUGCCGAAGGCCAGAGCGAGAUCGGGGCGAAAAAGCAGCCAACCAAACAGCCUGGGAAGAAGGGCAAGAAGCCCAAGGUGAAGCAAGGAGCCAAGUAA